AUGCCGAAAUUCUUUAUAUUAUCUAAGCUAAUUACUUUGUUUUUAUUCAUUAUUGCACUUGAAUUAUCAAUUGAAUUAUCACAAGCAGCACCAUUGAAUAAACGUCGUACAGUAGAUAUGGAUAGUCCCAAUGAUAAUGAAGUACAUCAACAACGUCGAAUGUAUGAUUUAAACAAAUUACGACAUUUUCUAUUAACAUCAAGUGAAGCACAACGAGCUGCAAGACGAACUAAACAAAAUUUGUAUAAGCAGCAAUUGGUUGGUGAAUAUUUUAAAUUAGUUAAUGACGAAAAUUCAGAUCGGUUACAAGAAGUGAAAAAACGCACAACAUACUGUAGUAUUCAAGAUAUCUUGCACGGAUCUCUUUGCCGUCGGCAUGCUAUUGAUCAUUAA